AAUGUCGGAUAGCGAGGACUCCAGUGCUGAGCGCAACGUCUUCCUGAGCCUAGUUUCCCGGGUCAUACGGCAUCCACCGUAUAGAUUUCCAGAGCAGUGGGGUCAGGAAACAUAUGAACCACGGAUCUACAAAACACUGGGAAAUAUACUGCGCAAUGUAUCAUCCGAAGUAUUUGAAUCCUUCAUAUCAGACUUCAUCACCUUCGCCCAGACAGCCCAUGCGCGGCUCGACACGCCGUUCUACAUAGAGUUCAUCAACAUAUGCACCAACACCAUCUUGUAUUGGGUUUUUGCGCGCAGGAGGAGCGUGGAAAUAGUCAGAACACUCAUGGCACGAACGUCAUAUUUCCUACACAACCAGAGUGACAGUUUGGCUAUUGCCUGGAGGUCCUUCACACCUAUUUACAGUCCAAGCCCCAUGGGUGGAUUGACGCCAUUGAUGUUCGUGGCCCAGAACCGGCAGUAUGACGUUCUGAAGGUUCUACUGCAGUACGGGAUGUUGGAGCGCGAACUGCGACCUACUUACAUCAUCAUUUGUAUCCUGUUCAACCCGCCACGCCUGGAAGUGUUGGACGAGCAGAACCCAGGGGAGGAGGGCCAAAGCAUCCGCGAGUGUGUGGAACUCUGCUCCAGAGUGCUUACCUCCAUCUCCAUCAAUGACAUCGAGAUGCAGAUCCUUUAUGGGCGGGUGCCAAUGAUUGCAGACUGGAGGGACUGUCUCCCCAUCACCCACUACCAGGAGCCCUGUGAGCUGACCCAGCUCUGCAGGGUGGCUGUGCGGGCACAUCUGCUGAAGAUGCGUCGGCUCCCGGAUGGCCUCAAGGACCUGCCUCUCCCCUCACGCCUCCAGGCUUUCCUCAAUAUCGAGUUCUGAGGACCAGAAUUAGGCCUCAGCGGACACCUGCACCUCCCAGGGAUCUCAGGGAUUGCUGAUUUAAAGCUCUUUGUCGUGUUAAGACCAAGACACAACCUUUCAUCAUACUUACUUUGUUGUUUGUUUGUUUUUUUUUUCUUUUCAAAAGCCAAAUCAGCAACUGGAUGGAGUGUUACACACUAUGUGUUUGAGAGCACAUUCUUAUGAAUGAAUUAUUCUUAUUAUGUCGUAGGUUAGAAGGCUAUAAGGCUAUACACUUACGCUAUUGUGUCAAAGUGUCUAGAGAGCUGUGUGCUCUUUAGCUUCUUUUUUGUCAUUUGCUUAGUGUCCUAGUAACUACAAAUGUCACAUUCAAAGGCUUGAUGACACUGUGUCCAAA